GUGAGGAAUGGAAGGAUUGCUUGCAGGCAGAUACGAUGUGUCGUUUACUCUCUGCUCUGUUCCUGUUCCUAAUCAUCAGUGAGUCAAUGGCCAAUGAUGUGAAAAUUAGCUUUAAAGUCCUAAACAGAACGAUGGAGAAAAACAUUCCACAAAUAAAACCAGGCAAUGCAAUUAGUAGGAGUGCAGCAAUGAAAGAGAAACAGCCUUCCAGUAGGAGCGUUGGUGUUUUCCAUGAAACAACCAUGAGAUGGGCUUGGUUUCCUGGCUAUGUCCCCAAUGGAGCUGUGUAUUACUGGAACAGCUACGCUAACAGAUACGAAUAUCCUUGCAAGGUUUCAGACUGUUCUGCUGGCUACUACAGUUCCAGCCGGGGUCCUUACUGCUAUUACCCAUACGGAAACAAAGAACUCUCCACUUCCCAGUUCUACAUUUUGGUGAAUGAUCAUGGCUUUGAAUCACUGAUCUGGCAGUACGGUUCAUGGGGUAAUGUCCCAUCCAAUUCCAUCAACACUUGCUCAGGUGACAGAGUAUAUGUUGGUAGAAAUAAGUAUGGAUUAGGUAAAGUGGUCAGUAAACAUCAAGCCUUCUUCGUUGUUAUCAAUGGUAAGGAGAAGGAUUAUAAAGAAUAUGAUGUCCUGACCAUUAAUAAAAACUAUCAGUCUCAGAGCAUCUCCAAUGUCAAUUAUGACCUAAAUAAAGGAUCCUACACUGAGGCAGGCAUGGCAUUAGCUUCCAGCAAACUCAUCAACAAAGAUUGUAGGGCAGUGAAGAAGUCAACCACCUUAUCAGGAACGGUGACUUCUGACCAUUCCUGGGAAGUUGACAUGUCCAUCGCUCAGACCCUCAGCUUUGGUAUGACAGCAGGGAUACCUGACAUCAUUGGAGGAUCAUGGGGCAUUUCAUCAGAGAAAACCUUCAGCUGGAGAAAGGGUUAUACAUAUAGUGAGUCGGUCACAUUUUCUGAAACAAUUGAGGUUGAAAUUCCACCCAACCACAGCUGUGAGUUGGUAAUGGAUGGCAAGAAAAUGAGGGGACAGGUUCCUUUCACUGCUACAGCCACCCGUUAUUACAGAGAUGGAACUUGGAGGAGUGCCACCAUCCAAGGUGUCAGCUCCAAUGUAGUUGGGUUAAAAGGAGCCGCACAGGUUGAGCGCUGUGUCCCGAUCCCAGAUGCUGUCCCCUGCACUGCAUAGAUUGGGCUUCCUAAAAUGCCUUUGUAGCUUUAUUAGUUUGCAGCAAGAAUGAAAAAAAUAAUUAUUGUUUAGCCUUUAGAAGGAUUCAUUGAAAAUUGAUGUUUGUAAUCCAAAAAUAGUGACGUGCACGAAGCCAAUCUUUUUGCUUUAUUAGUAUUAGUAAACAACCCUUUGAACCAAAUUGUCUACAAAGCAGUUCUUAGAAAUUGUUCUUAGACUUUAAUUCUAAGUAACAGUAUAAAUGCAAAUUGUGCUCAUCUGUUCAUAGCAAAGAAAUCUCCAUGCAAAAUAGUAGUGCUAUCAAGAGGAAGAGUGUUUUAUUAUUUGAGCGCUGUAAUCUUAGAAAAAAUGCUUGAGGUUUUGUGAACCUGACUUUUUCCAUUAAGCUAAUAUCACUAUCAAAUAAUUAUUGUCCAUGAUCUCAUUAUAACGAAGCUAAGUUGAAAUUAAUGUUCUUAAUUCCUUAAAAAUAAAAAUUGAUCAGACUCAAA